CUCAGGUGAGGUCAACAGCGGUGUUGGGGGGUUAAAAAUACUGUUGACAGGUGUAAAGGAAUCCCUGGACAUAAAACAGGAAAUAAUGGAAGUAAAUAAAACGGUGCUAUGCGAGAGCCUUAUUAUUUGGUUACAGACCUUCAGUACCCCUUCACCAUGUAAGACUGUACAUGAUCUCACCAGUGGAGUGGCAAUGGCACAGGCUCUUCAUCAAAUAGACCCCUCCUGGUUUAAUGAAGCAUGGCUGAGUCGUAUUAAAGAGGAUGUUGGUGACAACUGGAGACUGAAGGUUAACAACCUCAAGAAGGUCCUGCAGCUGACUGUGGAUUAUUACAACGAGGUUCUGGCACAGCAGGUUUCAGAUGUCCUUCUGCCCGAUAUGAAUCUGAUAGCAGAACAUGCACACCCUGUGCACCUAGGGAUGCUCCUGCAACUCAUCCUGGGCUGUGCCAUCAAGUGUGAAAAGAAACACGAAUACAUUCAGAUUAUCAUGACCUUGGAGGAGUCAGUACAGCAUGUUGUUAUGACUGCAAUUCAAGAGCUGAUGAGCAAAGAAACCACUGCCACUUUUGGAACUGAAGUAUCAGGGGAUUUUGAACAGCAGCUGAAGAAAACUCUGGAGGAGCUGGCUGAAGCCUUAGCAGAGAAGGACGAGCUUGCUCAAAGGUGUCAGGAGUUAGACAUCCAGGUGACUGCACUACAGGAGGAAAGAAACAGUCUACUGGCCGAAAACGAUGUCCUGGCUGACCGAGCAAACCAGCUGGACUCCUUUGAUGACCCUGUUACACCAUCGGGCAAGAAGUACUGCCAGCUGCAGUUACAGUUUGAGCAGCUACAGGAAGAAAACUUCAGACUCGAAGCAGCGAAGGACGAUUACCGAAUCCACUGCGAGGAGCUGGAGAAACAUCUGAUCGAGGUGCAGCACCGCAACGAUGAGCUGACGAGCCUGGCAGAGGAGUCCCGAGCCCUGAAGGACGAGCUUGACGUUCUGAGGAGCUGCUCUGACCGGGCAGUGAAGCUGGAGGCAUCGGUGGAGGGUUACAGGAAGAAGCUGGAGGAUUUGGCUGACCUGCGCAAGCAGGUGAAGUCUCUGGAGGAUAAGAACUUGACGUACAUGCAGAGCUCAGUGAGCCUGGAGGAGGAGCUGAGGAAAGCCAACGCAGCGCGGACACAGCUGGAGACGUACAAGAGGCAGGUUCACGAAUUACACAAGAAGCUCUCGGACGAAUCAAGACGGGCUGAUAAUUUGGCAUUUGAAAUGAAGCAGUUUGAAGAAAAGUAUGACACUUUGCAGAAAGAGAAGGAGAGGCUGAUCAUUGAGCGAGACUCUCUUAAGGAAACAAACGAGGAGCUGAAAUGUACACAUGUGCAGCAACACCAGUUAUUGCAAGCAGGCAUAAUUCCUGCUGGGAGUCCCAGUCAUGACAACCUUGCAGCUGAGAUUCUGCCUGUUGAGUACAGAGAGAAGUUCAUUCGCCUGCAGCAUGAGAACAAGAUGCUGCGCGUGCAGCAGGAGGGCUCUGAGAACGAGCGCAUCGCAGCUCUGCAGGGGCAGCUUGAGGAAGCACACCGCAGGAGGAGCGAGCUGGAAACAGAGAACAGGUUGAACCAGGAGCGGAUCUGUGAGCUGCAGCAGCAGGUAGAAGACCUCCAGAAAGCCCUGCAGGGACAAGGAGCUAAAACUGAGGAUUCCAACCUGAAGAGGAAAUUGGAUGCCCAUAUGGUACAACUGCACGAAGCAAAGGAUGAGAUAAUGAAGAAAAAAGAACUUAUCGAGGACCUUCAGCCUGAGAUUGUGCAGAGCUCACUGAAGACUGACGAGCUGCAGGCUGCACUGCAGAAGAAAGAUGAAGACAUGCGAGCAAUGGAGGAGAGGUACAAAAUGUACCUGGAGAAGGCUCGCAACGUAAUACGAGCUCUGGAUCCUAAACUAAAUCCAGCUUCGGCAGAGAUCCAGUCCCUUAAGAACCAGCUGAUGGAGAGAGAGAAGAGGAUCCUCACCCUGGAGCGUGAAUGUGAACAAGCGAAACUGCGAGAAUAUGAGGAGAAACUUGUAGUGACUGCUUGGUACAACAAGAGUGUGAGCUUCCAGAAGCUGGCAGUGGAGUCAAGGCUGUUGGGGCAGGGGUCCAAUGGCAGUGACAGCGGCACACCCACGGGACAGUCCUUCUUAGCUCGGCAGCGGCAGGUCACCAACUCUAGGAGAGCCCUCUCCAUGAUCGUGCCUGCCACCACCUCCAAGUAGAGCCGGCCAGGCCUGUGAAGCCCAUCCACUCAGGUGCCCUUAAAUACUGCAAGAUCUCUCACAGGGACAGGACAGGGGUUGCAUUUAAUGCUCCUGCCUGUUCUGUUGUUUGCUUGUGAAAGAGCUUGACACUUCCUCCUCAAGUCCAACCAUGGCCAGCAUCAGGUAUCUCUAAAGUCUGGUCUAUGUUGCUUGGCAUUUAUUUCACACGAGUCAGUGGCUGAGACAGUAACAGUGAUGAGCUUCUUUUCCUUUCUGCAUCUUGUGAUCAUUAGAAUAUAGGGGGUAAUGUUAUGAGCUUUUGCAGCUGGGGUGCUGAAGAAAACAUUUAGUAGGUUCCAAAAAGUUAACUAUUUGUUUCUACUGUAUAUUCAAGUUAUAUCAUUAUGUCAGCUAAGCUGAAUAAGAGUCAGUUCAGUAAAGAUGGCUGAAAAAAUGUUAAAUAAAUAAAAUAAUAAGUACAUUUUAGUAGCGUAUACAUUGAGUAAAGCUUAAAUGUUAUAUAAAAAUAAAAAAUAAUGUUUGCUUUUCUACAUUGUAUAUACAAUUAAGUUUUCCUUUUGUGUAAGCGAAUUCAGGUAUGUGAUUUAUUGCUAAUAAAUGUGAAAUCUGCUUUUUUUUUUACAGUUUACCACCUUUUAUAGUUUAUAGGUAAAAUAUGACGUAAACACACAUUUCCUAUAGCCUUUAAAUGGCAGAUCUGUACAGAAAAAAAUAUGAAAAGUUUAACCUUGCUGUUGCAUUUUUCUUUUGAAUAAAGAAGUGAUUCAAUAGCGAACCUUAAUGUGUACCUUUCAAGCUCACCAGGGGGUGCUAGAGAUCUGUUUAUUGACAGUGAGACACUGGUCUGCAGUCUACAAUAUAGCAGUACUUUUUAUAAUACGUAUGUCAAUGUGUGUUCAUUUCCUAACAGAGUACUGUACACAUUAUUUUUAUUUUCCAACACUAAGCCAGUAGAAGUUGUACAGUAGUUUAUGUUACAAGCAAAGCACUGCCUAAAAAAAAUACUCAAAAUCACUGAAUCACCAGCACUGUUUAAACAAAAGGCAGCAAAUAAAAAAGAGCUUGCCAUUUCUACUGUGGAAAACCAAACCAAAAAGCAUGUUUGUUUCUUAAGCAGUGGGGUGUCUUUUUGUGUCUCAAUCCUGGCUGUCGUAUCAAGUUGUCAAUUCUUUUAUUUAGAGCAUAUUCAAAGCAUUUCAAGUGUCCUAAGAGUUCAUUUUGCCUAUGUUCUGAGGACUAUUGAAAAGCCACAAGUUAGAGAACAAGUUAACUCUGCACACACACACACCCCUUUGUGUCGUUUGAUGCUCCGAUGAAGCACCCUGUUUGCGUCACAUUUGCAGAAGGCUUUUAGAGAUGUUCCUGACUUUUCAAUACCACUGUUUACAUAAUAAUAAUACAUUGAAAUUAAAGUUGACUGUGUAUAAGCUCGCUGAGAUACCUUUCCUGCAGCUUGAUUUGCAGAAGUUCAGGUCUAGUAAUCUAACCUGUUGUGUGUGUUUUGUUUUGUUUGUUCUUUGCAUAUUAGAACUGUGCAUUGUAUCUGUGUAAAAGGUAUGUCAUAUUAAAUAAAUAAAUACCUAAACAAAUAAAGAGUUUAUUAAGAAAAUAAAUACAUAAAUAAAUGAAUGAAUGAAUAAAGUUUUUUUUUAAAUAAUCCCAAUAAAUGCAGGUUUACUGCCAGGUCUUCCUGUUUUUCCAAGUAUCCCUCUUGUCUGUGUGGCUGGAUAUAGUGAUUAAUACCUUUUGUAUAGAUGCAGUAGCUGGUUUCAUUAGAAAAACAAUUGCUUGCUGUUUAAUAAUAAUAAUAAUAAUAAUAAUAAUAAUAAUAAUACAAAUGUGUGUGUGGUUUAUGCAGGAGUGAGUACUCGAUAAGAAACUCUAAUACUGUGAGUUUGGUGAUGUGCUUAUUUUUUUCUUAUUUUUUGUUUAAAUAAGGGAGAACACAAUGUCCUAAAAUAAAUGUAAAUUGAUGAUGAUAACGUUCAGUUUUUUUAAAGCAAUGCAAAACUGCCAGUCUCAUUGAAUAUGCCCUUGUUUCUCUGAGGCUGGACAUUCAUAUCGCUUUGAACCGCUCCUCUGAGCACCAUGCCGUGAUAUUGGAUAGGACACGUGAUUUCAGGAAGGAUUGAGCUUUUGCAUUGCUUUAAUAUGUUGGUAGUGUCUUUAUAGGGUCAACUUUGAAGCGUUGUUGUGUAUGUACGGUGUGCGGUUCCUUAAUUGUAAGGAAUUACACACAAAUUGCGCUGUUUCGUGAAUUAAUUAUGGAUGGGGAGGAUCAGGUUUUUUUUUUUUUUUAUUAUACCUUGAAUGAUGGGGAGUAAUAAAUUAAUUGUCUGACACUUAGACAACUACUUUGGGAUUAUAUUUGGGAUGCUGCAGAAUACUAUGCAAACAAUAUAUAUAUAUAUAUAUAUAUAUAUAUAGCAUCUCAGGAAAGAAAUAAGUUCUUAAACUUUAAAUCGUCUUCACUGUGACUUUGGAGACCGUUUCUUGGGUUUCGAACUCCCCCAUCUUUCAAAACUAUUUAUAUCUGUUAUAUUAAAUGUUUUCUUACUCAAUGUUUCAUUUCUGUCGGUCAUGGAUCCACUCAUCCUUAGGUCCAUGUUUUCUGAAUUCAUUUGAUUGGAGCUGGGGGUAGGGAGGGGUUGGCACCAUUUUGCACUAGUUCUGGAUUUUUCAGGGAGUUUCAUUAUCGUAAAUCUCUAAGUCACAUUCAUUGCAAUAAAACUGAUUUAAAACAACUGCAGUAGUUGUGUUUUUUUUAAAUAUGGUAACACAGCAAACAUUGUAACAAAAACAAUUUCAUUUUACCAGGUUAAUAUACAAACUUAUGUAAGAAUCUGUUUAAAAAACUAUAUUUGUGUACAAAUGUUUUAUUUGCGCUGUCGCCAGUCAACAGCUGCAGGAUUUAGCCUGCUCCUUCUCAGUGGCCUCAUGAAUUUCCUUUCAACUCGGCCAGUAUACAAUAUGUACUGCUCUAAAUGUUUUUCAACAUAACCUGACAAUGCUUUCAGUAAGAUUGGGAGGAUAAACUGGCCUUAGAACCAUGGGUGGGAUUUGUACUUGAAUACAAGCCAAUAGCAUGACUCUUUAGGACUGAUAGCAGCAUCCACUGUUUUAUUUUUAGUAAACUGCCUGAAUCAUCACUGUUACAUAGCGUUAUGAUGUUUCAACU